AUGGGAGCAAUAAAAGUGAAGGAUGGCAUAUUUUUAGGGGAUCUAUUUGCAUCUUAGGUAUAUAUUUAUAAUUUUAUCAGGAUCUUGAAUUUAUUGUAACAAAUAAAGUAUCAAGAAUAAUGAAUUGUGCAUCAAAAGUAAUAUCAAAUCAUUGGGAAGAAAUAGGGAUAGUUUAUCUGUCAUAUCCAUGGACAGAUAAUGAUCAAUAAGUAUUUUUAGAAUUUAUUUAGAUUAUUUUUUAAUCAGAUGAGAGUAUGAAUAGUGCAAUAAAAUUUAUUGAUGAUGCCUUGUUUAAUGGGGAAAGUGUAAUUGUUCUUUCUGUAAAAGACACAAUAGAUCAGUGUCAGUUUUAUAUAUUUAUUUAAUGAAGAAAUAUA